CCUUCUCUUCCUCCCUCCCUCCUUCCCUCCCUCUCCCUCUCCCUCUCCCUCUCUCUCUUUCCUCUCCCUUUCCCUCUCCUUCUUCCCCUCUUCUGUCUCUUAGCUUCCUAACAUUAAAGAGAAAAUGCUGCUAUCAGUGACUUCAAGGCCUGGGAUUUCGACUUUUGGCUAUAACAAGAACAACAAGAAGACAUAUGUGUCAUUGUCUCAGCCAAUGGCACCACCUAGUCCAAGCAACAGUACCCCUAACAGCAGCAGUGGGAGCACUGUAAAUGACCAGCUGAGUAAAACCAACCUCUACAUCCGGGGAUUGCAGCCAAGCACUACCGACCAGGACCUAGUCAAGUUGUGUCAGUCAUAUGGCAAGAUUGUCUCCACUAAGGCCAUACUGGACAAGACCACAAACAAAUGCAAAGGCUAUGGCUUUGUGGACUUUGACAGUCCUUCAGCAGCACAGAAAGCUGUAACAGCACUGAAAGCCAGUGGUGUGCAAGCACAGAUGGCAAAGCAACAGGAGCAGGACCCCACAAAUUUAUACAUCUCAAACCUCCCACUGUCAAUGGAUGAGCAAGAACUGGAGGGAAUGCUGAAGCCCUUUGGCCAGGUUAUUUCCACUAGAAUCCUUCGAGACACCAGUGGGACCAGCAGAGGGGUUGGCUUUGCAAGGAUGGAGUCCACAGAGAAGUGUGAAGCCAUCAUCACCCACUUUAAUGGAAAAUAUAUUAAGACACCCCCUGGAGUACCAGCCCCAUCUGAUCCCUUGCUUUGCAAGUUUGCUGAUGGGGGUCCAAAGAAACGACAGAACCAAGGAAAAUUUGUGCAAAAUGGACGGGCCUGGCCAAGGAAUGGAGACAUGGGUGGUAUGGCCUUGACCUAUGACCCCACCACAGCUCUUCAGAAUGGGUUUUACCCAGCUCCUUAUAACAUCACCCCCAACAGGAUGCUUGCUCAGUCUGCACUGUCCCCGUAUCUUCCGUCUCCUGUGUCUUCAUAUCAGAGAGUAACUCAGACAUCUCCUCUACAAGUACCUAACCUGUCUUGGAUGCACCACCAGUCAUACCUCAUGCAGCCUUCAGGCUCAGUGCUGACACCAGCAAUGGAUCAUCCUGUUGCUCUCCAGCCUGCCUCCGUGAUGGGACCUCUUACCCAGCAACUGGGCCACCUCUCGCUCAGCAGCACGGGCACAUAUAUGCCAACAGCUGCAGCUAUGCAAGGAGCGUACAUCUCCCAGUACACCCCUGUGCCUUCUUCCAGUGUUUCAGUUGAGGAUGGCGGCAGCCAGCAAAAUCAAGUGACAGUGGAUGCUGCCUCAGACCAUGGGGUCUAUUCUUUCCAGUUCAACAAGUAACAGUGAUUGGCCUGUUUUCCCUGAUAAAACUCCUCCCAGCGGCUCUCGAAGAAGCGACGCAUGAUGUGCCCAGCCUUGCCCACUUCAGAGUCAUCCUCAUUGAAUGUCUGGCAGUUGUCAAAGACCAGAAGUGCAUCAGCCGCAAACUCCUCUGAGCUGGUGUACCUGGGCAGGGGUGGAGACAGACCUGUGAGCUGGGUACAAGUUACGGCAGUAACAGAAGAGCCGGGGGCUUCCCUGGUGGCGCAGCGGUUGAGAAUCUGCCUGCCAAAGCAGGGGACACGGGUUCGAGCCCUGGUCUGGGAAGAUCCCGCAUGCCGCGGAGCAACUAAGCCCGUGAGCCACAACUACUGAGCCUGCGCGUCUGGAGCCUGUGCUCCGCAACAAGAGAGGCCACGCUAGUGAGAGGCCCGCGCACCGCGAUGAAGAGCGGCCCCCGCUCACCGCAACUGGAGAAAGCCCUUGCACAGAAACGAAGACCCAACACAGCCAAAAAUAAAUAAAUAAAUUUAAAAAAAAAAAAAAAAAAGAAGAGCCGGGACAGUUACUGAUGUCUACUUACCCUCCCCGGAGCAGCCGCUCCCGCAUGGUGGAAAAAUCCAUAGGGUUUUUGAUGAUGCGCCGGUACCCACUCACCAAUCGUGGGUUCACAGGCUCCAGGAAAGGCCAGGCUGCAUCAUGGGACUCCAUCUCCAUCAAGAUAAUCCUAUUACGAAAGACAGUGAUGACUGCACUCCCAGGAAGCAAACACACUGACCCCUCCCAGCCCUUUACUCCGGCAAAGGUAGAGCCAGUUGUCCCCAGAAUUCACUCAACUCACUCGCAGAACGUGAGAUCACUGUGGUGGUUCCGCAUGGAGAGCCGCCGCCGCUUUGAGGGGGACUGCCCUCCUUCUGAGCACCGAGGCGCUGCCGGGCUUUCUCGGCCCCUCGACAGUAGCCGGCGCCGGCAGCUAUCACCCUCUGGGAAGUUCAGCACAUAACUACUUUUCCGCUUCUGCCCUCGUUUUGGGAAACCUGGCCUCUGAGUCAGUUCUCCCUCUACCUGCUGAAGAUAAGAAAAAGGUAAGAUCAGCAACAGCUGGAGAUGUUCUCUGCUUGCCCUUCACUUUACUACAAUCCCUACUUGUCUAAGUGUGACUGAGGCUUCAAAAUACUUUCAUGCAUAAGCCAGCAUGUGAAUUUAUUCACAUAACCCAAUAAGGUAGGUGAAAGGGAAAGUAUAAUCAUUCCCAUUUUAUAAGGAAAGUAAAAGCAAGUAAGGUUAUAGAAUUUAAGUGACUUGUCCAAAGAAGGAUCAGAACUCAGGUCUCCUAGCACAUCAUCUGGAGCCCUUUCCCAGGAGAGACUGAGGCAUGGUAAGAAUGAUAUUUGUAGGACUGGUGGUAAAUGGGAUGAGAAAGAAAAUCUCUGACUUUCGCUUGGGAGUGGAAUGAGAGGGAGCAGAAGACUUACCUGGGCCAAACAGACGGCACAGAACCAGUCUCCUUCUGGGACAGCCUCCAUCUUGGGCCGAAGGCAGUAAAUAUGGCAGCCACGGUCACACCCAUCACAAAGUAGAAGAAACUCAUCGUUGUCACCCUUCCGGCAGACUAGACAGGUCUGGACCGAGGUUGUGAGGAGGCAGGGUGAGCCCUCAAGCCUCUGCCUGCCACUGACCCCACCCACGCCAGCUGGCCAUCUUGUCAGCCCCCCCAGGCUCUCCAGGCCUCUUACCACUUUGUUGACAGACUUCUCCCAGGCAAUGGACCUCUCCAGCUGGCCCAGGCACAAGCAGACCUGGGCCGCGCUCCAGCACCGCUCCAGCGUUUGGCGCCAGGCUCGAAUGCGAGGGGUGAUCUCGUAGGAUCUGGUGGGAGAAAGUGGUGGUUUGGGGAUGAGGAACAGGACCCAUUAAAUUUAUUCCUCCUCCCCCAAGACCAAGACGCGGGGAGCCACUCACAUCUCUGGAGCCGUGCGCUGUGGGGCGCCACUGGGCGUGCUGAGCAGGGCCUUCUCCAGCACGCCCUCGUGAGCUGGCCACAGGGGCUCCCGCAGGUACCGCCGCUCCACAUUCUGCUCCAGGGCAGCGAGUCGCAUCACUGCCAGGUCCAGGGGGUUGGUAGUUUUACGCUGGGGUGCCAGUCCUUCCUUGCCUCGACCCCGCCAGGUGAUAUCCUCCUGGGAGUCAGGUAGAUGCUCACAGUAGGCCAAGUCUUCACGAGUAGAGUCUGGGCUGGGACGUGUCCAGCCCUGCAGGUGGGAGAGAGGAAUAAAACUCAUUAUAAAGAAAGAACAUUAAGCAUAGAAAAAGAUGUGACCCAUUUAGGGUCAUGGGAGGUCACUUGUGAAGUGGGAACCCCAGGUUUUCCCUAACAGGGUACAGGAGAUUAACACCCUCUCGUCAACAACCCCCUACCCAGUGCCAGCCCAAGUGUACCCGAAUCUGCAGAUCAGACAGGAUAACCCGCUGUUCCAGCUCCUCUACCCACUGAAGCACAGCCAAGUCUGUCUCAUAUGUCUUCUCUUUGGGGGACCAGCUCAAGAUCCCUUCUUGAAAGGCAAGUAGCUGACUAGGCUCAAAGAUAGGGUCUGAGGAGACAGAAGGCAGAGGGAAAAGCCCAUCAGGCUAUUUCGUUGUCCACAGCAGCAGCUCAACGUUUACCUGGGCUCUGCAGCUCAGGGUGGUUAAGCAUCUACCUUACCAGUUGAGGGCCGUAGGCAGACUUCCUGUAAGAAGUCCCUGUGCUUGUUUAGGUGUUUGUGAAGUGCCUUCUCUCGGAUGCCUCGGGGGUGCAGGGCCUUGAGCAUGGCAUCCAAUGUCUCAGGAUCUCGGAUCCACCACCAGCCCGAGCGCAUCUCUGUGAAGAUGGUUUAUGUGUGUGGGGUGGGGAGUGGGAACCAGCUAUGAAUCACAUGGUCCACAUCUGAUGCCACUCCUACCUUUAUCUCACCCCAUUCCACCCCAAAGUCACUCACCAGGGGGGACGGGCUGGGCUGUCAGCUGGGUUAGGUAACGCUGCUCCAUCUGUCUGAAGAACUUACUGGGAGGUCUCCCUCUCCGUUUUGGCUGUCCCAUCCCUGUGGGGCUCUGUGGUGUUUCUCUAGGGUCUCCUGCUCGCCUUUUAGGAGCCAGGCCCAGCAAGGGGGUGGAAGAGAGCUGCCCUGGAGAAUAGGGGUUGGCAGCACUGGGUCUAUUCACCUGUGAAUGAGAUGACACAUAAGGUGAUGAGGGUGUGUUUUCAUGUUGACAGGACCCCAGUGGCCCCAUCCCUUCCCCCCAGCUUCAGCAACAGCCCACAGCCAGGCAACAGAGCCUGUGGCAAGAUGAAGAUAAGUGCAUACCGCUAAUUCUGGCUACUUACUGGCUUGGAGGAGGCAGGUAGCUGAGGGGAAGGAGUGGGCUGGUCCUCAGAAACUGCAGGG